GAGAAUUGAUUAUAAUGAAGUUUCAGAAAAUGUCAUGAAUGAAGUGCUUAAUCAAGUUAUUUGCUUCACUGAAAGAGAAGUAAUUAAAGAAAUAGUUGAUUCAUUAAUUAAAAGAGUACACGAGGAAAUAUUACUUCACACAGUACAAAAAGUUCUGAAAGAAAUUGUUGAUCUGUCAGUAAAAGCAGAAGCUGAAUAUAAGAGAGAAAUGAUUGCAAAACAAGUCUCAGGUGAAGUACUGGAACAAGUUAUUGACUUGGUAGAGAAACAGCAGAUUGUUUCUGAUGUUCUUGAAAAUAUUAUUGAUUCAGUUGAAAAGCAUAUUUCCAUUUCUGAAGUUCUUGAAAAUAUUAUCAAUUCAGUAGAAAAUGAAAUUUCAAUAUCUCAAGUUCUUGAAAAUGUCAUUAAUGUGGUAGAGGGACAAAUAAUCACAUCCGAAGUUCUAGAAAAUGUUAUUGGUUUAGUAGAACAAGAAGCAAGAACAGAAGCGAGUAAAGAAGUGUUAAAAGAUGUGAUUAAUUCGGUUGAAAAUCAAAUUACAACAGCUGAAGUUUUAGAAAGCAUUGUAACUUCAGUAGAAGACAAAGCUGUGUCUGCCAAAGUUUUAGAAAAUAUGGUUGAUAUAGUUGAAAAUCAUGAAGAAUCUUCUAAAGUAUUAGAAAAUAUAAUUAGUUCAGUUGAAGAUCAAGUUACAGCUGUUGAAGUUCUAGAAAAUGUUAUUAGCUUGGCAGAGAAUUGUGUAACAACGGAUGAAGUAUUGGAAAGCCUCAUUAUUUCAGUUGAAGAACAGGAAACAGCUGCUGAAGUGUUAGAAGAUAUUAUUACUUCAACUGAAGAUAAAAUAGCAACUUCAGAAGUCUUAGAAAGUAUUGUUACAUUAGUCGAAGAUGAAAUUACAGCUAUUGAAGUGCUGCAAAAUGUUGUUAGCUAUGCUGAAAAUCAAGUGACAACUGCUGAAGUGCUUGAUAAUAUUGUAACUUCAGUUGAAAAUAAAGUUACUGCUAAUGAAGUGUUGGAAAAUAUUGUUAAUUUAGUUGAAAAUCAAAUAACAGCUACUGAAGUGUUAGAAAAUAUUGUUAAUUCAGCUGAAGAUCAGAUAACAACUGAAGAAGUGAUAGAAAAUAUUGUUAACACAGUCGAAGAUAAAGAAAUGGCAACAGAAGUGUUAGAAAACAUCGUUAAGUCAGUGGAUGAUUGUGUGACAUCGUCUGAAGUGGUAGAAAGUGUUAUCAGUUCAGUUGAAAAUGAAGUAAUGGCUGCCAAAACAUUAGAAAAUAUAAUUACUUCAGUAGAGGAUCAAGUUACAACAGCAACAGUUUUAGAAAAUGUGAUGAGUUCUGUUGAAAAUAAAGUAACAUCUUCUGAAGUGCUAGAAAAUGUGAUCAAUCAGGUUGAAGAUCAAAUGAUAACUACUGAAACAUUAGAGGACGUGGUCUCUACAGUUGAAAAUCAUCUAGUGACUUCAGAAACAUUAGAAACUGUGAUUAGUUUGGUUGAAGAUCAAAUAACAUCUUCCGAAGUAUUAGAAGAAGUAAUUACCUCUGUUGAGGAGAAAAUAACAACAACAGAAGUUCUUCAAAACAUUAUAGAUUCUGCAGAACAAAUAAUUGCAUCUGAAAUUCAACAAACUGUCAGAUUGGAGGAAAGUGAGAAUUCAAAACUUUCUGUAAGUACAGAAGAAAGAGAAAAACAUUUGGAUACGUCACAAGAAGCAAAAAAUGUGAUAAACUAUAUAAUGGACUCAAUAGAAAAACAAAUUGUUACAUCAAAUAUUCUUAAAGAAAUUAUAAAUUCAAUAGAAAAGGAAGAAAUUGCUGUGAAAGAUAAUAAAGGUUUUUAUUUUCAUUUAAAUAUUUGUUAAGUUUAACUAAAGAUG